AAAGUCCCGCUGCGUCUCCGGCUCCUUCACUGACUGAAACUAAACCGCUACUGCUGCUCAGCUUCAGAAACACUCCACACUUUACCAGACUAUCCCCACUCGUUUCUCCUCCAGUUUUAUUCUGGGCUGCAGUCGUAACAAUGAAGGAGAGAAGACUCCCGCAGCCUUUUGUGGCGAGGUGUAAACUGGUCCUGGUUGGAGACGUUCAAUGCGGUAAAACAGCGAUGCUGCAAGUGUUGGUGAAGGACUGCUAUCCAGAGACUUACGUCCCCACUGUGUUUGAGAACUACACGGCUUGUCUGGAGCUUGAAGACCAGCGUGUUGAGCUCAGUCUGUGGGACACAUCAGGCUCUCCAUAUUACGACAACGUCAGGCCCCUCUGCUACAGCGACUCAGACGCAGUGUUGCUAUGCUUUGACAUUAGCCGGCCGGACACAGUAGAUGGUGCUCUGAAGAAGUGGAAAGCAGAGAUUCAGGACUUCUGUCCUAACACUCGAAUCCUGCUCAUAGGCUGUAAGACAGACCUUCGAACGGAUGUGUGCACACGCAUGGAGCUGUCCAAUCAGAAACAGGCUCCAGUCUCCCAUGAACAGGGUUCAUCUUUGGCCAAGCAGCUCGGUGCUGAAGCUUAUCUGGAGUGCUCGGCUUUUACUUCGGAAAAGAGCAUCCACAGUGUUUUCCGUACCGCAGCUCUUGCCUGCAUGAAUAAACUGCAGCCUCCCAACAAACCCAGCCCGGUCCGCCGCCUCUCCAAAAGACUGCUACACCUUCCCAACAAGACAGAUCUCCUUAGCAAGGACAAGUCCAAAAGUUGCUCCAUCAUGUGAACACAGCAAGGAGCGUGCUCGGAGUAUGGAAAGAGAGGACAGUAUUCUACCUGGUUCAGGUGGGGUUCAGGGUGUGCAAGGGAAAGAGAGCAAUCAUCGAGAUUUUCACAAAACCUUUUACUCUUUUGCAUCAUCCUCCUCUAACUCCUGGCUGCCACAGUUUCCACAGAGAGAAACUAUUUGAAGUGGAGUUUCAUGAUCCUGUACAAAUGGAGAGAAACAUGUUGCAGCCCCACAUAAAGGUUGUUGUGAAUCAGCUUAACAAUGCUCCGUUUCUUAACUCGUCCAUGAAGGAAGCAUUGUUUCCUCUCCAUUAAAGUGAUGAAAUCCAUUUAAAGCUCUGAUAGCAGUGCCGUAUCCCAUCCAUCUCUCUGUCCGGAUGCAGUUUAAAGGUCACAGCAUAGGCUGAGUGAUGAGAACGUAAAAUCUGAGAAUGAAGCUGCAUCUGCAGAAAUCUAGCUGAGGAGAUCGUAAAAAAUUAUUCCCCCACCAGAGCUCUCGCCGUAAUAUCUAUUUUGAAAUUAAAGUUGACAGCAGAACAAAAAAGAUGACAAAAAGGGAGGGAUUUGGCAAGCGGUGCGCUCAUUUGCAGAAGGCAGUGGGAGGACAAAGUGAGUCCGUGAAGAAGUGCAAUGUGAUUCAGUACUACCAUGAGCCGCAAGGUCGAAAAGGGUGGAAGCAUUUUGUUAAAUACUUUCCACCUGUUUUCAGGAGGUUCUCUGCCAUGCACCAUCACCACACAAGUUCAGCAACCAUAGCUAUUUAUUUUAGUGGAGUUACAUGGAGGAAUUAUAUUUCCAGACUGUUAAUGGGUUCAAUUUUCAUUUUGUUUACUUUUUUCUUAGUCUUUUUUUAUAUAGAAGAGACCAAGAAAAGAGGAUUUUUUUUGUGCUCCAAAAUAAGUCAAUGGAUUAUCUAUGUUUCAGAAAUACUCUUCCUCACGGACAAUAAGGGGAGCAAUUGUUCAGCUUGGUUCUACAAAUAUGUACUCAUUACAGCCUACUGUCCUGAAACCUGGCCAGAAGAUAUCACACCAGUGAAUAAUCAGUUAGCACCCCAAAAUAAAACUAAACCUGAUAUAUCUUUUUUUCUGCAUGUUUUUUGCCUUUCAUACUCCACAGAAUGUAGGAUUUUGUAGCAAAGAGCUGAAAGUAAACACAACAACAUUGUGCCGUCCUCAUCCAUGACCUUCUUGUUCUUAAAGGGAAAGUUCAGAAUUUUUGAAGCAGGCUUUAAAAGAUUACGAUUUGUGAUUUCUGAAACCCUGCUAAGACUUGAAAAUUCAGCAUGAGCCAUGACAGUUGUCAGCCUUAUUGUUAUCUGCUGAAAUUCUUGCUCUCAUUCAUAGCCUGAGAGAACUGAAGACAUGGAACCAGACUUCUUCCGACUGUAACAACUUUAACACCAAAGAGUGUUGUUAUUAUGGACUUGUUGUUAUUAGGGACCUGGCUAAAAACAUUGGUCAUUACAAGAUUUUUCCUCUUUAGAUCUGAUGACUCUCACAGCAUCUUAAUUUGUAUGAAUUGAGAUUAGUUGGUAACAGAUGCUAAAGCUAACUGCUAGUCCAAGCAUAGCUAAGCACAAUACAGACUUCCACAGUCCUAAAAGUGUGCCAUCAAUUAGCUUCCCUGUGAAACGUGUACUGAGCACAUUUUUCCACUCAGAAUAAAUUAUAAAAAAGUAAUAUAGUGCAUAAAAAAUAAAUAAGUGAACAACCUCCAUUUUCUACCUGUUUAAAUAAACAUAGCUUUUGUGUCCAAACUUGUGAUAUGCAAAUAUCACAAGAAUUUAAAGAUUAAUAACAUAGCAUUGCAUAAACCACAAUGACAUUUUCGUUAUUGUGAGAUUUUUAAGAUAAUAAAAGUUGGAAGUGCUACUCUGAUUAGCUGUUUUCUAUAGUCUCCAGGAGCAACGGUGGAUGGUGAGAGAACUAUGUACUGCAGGAGAAAUGUAAAUUAUUCAUAACCUUCUACAGAAUCCCACUUCAAAAAUCAUGGGCUAUCACUUAUUUUUCUGCCAUUGUCAUUUAGGUUUUGGAGUUUGUGCUGCAUGCUUCUGUAAAGAGGAACCUCUAGCCUGGUACCUUAAACUCUUUCAAUUUGUGAAAAUAAAAUGCUCCUUUCUGGCUGCUAACAUCCAGAGAUUAACUGAAAUAAUAAAGACUUUCCUCAAAUUUUAAAAACAAAAGAUUUUCUUAUAUCUGCACUAAACUCAGCUCUGUUAUGCAAAAAUACAAACUUUGUCACCUCAAUGCCCAAUUAAGGCUUUAUUCAACACACACUUAUAUAAACUCUCUAUAUUUAAGCUAACAGGACUAAUUUGCACUCAGAGUAAAUCCCAUGAGAACAAAACAUGAGUUGAAUCCCUCGAACAGGCUGGUCCUGUAUGCAUUUUCUUUUCUCUCCAAUCAUUACGGAAAGCAGAAAAUUUGAUACUUUUUUUCUUUUUUUGCUGGAUGUUUUUGCUUAUUGUUGUUUUCUCUGGCGUUGUGUUCACUGGAGUCUCCUGGCAUUAAGCUGUUGACAGCUUGGCUAAUGGAGGGCUUGAUGAUUUGUAGGUCUGCACCGGGAAGAGCAGCAAUGUGCACAGCGGUGGAAUUUAAUGCGUUGCCUAGCAACAGUGUGAGCAAGGGCCAUGCCUAUAUCUCCGACGGAGAGGAGGGGUAAUGUCUCCGAGAGAAGCACGCCUCACCUUUUCUUUGUAGCAUUAGACUGAAGCCUCAGCGAAGGUGACGGCGGGACAUAUCAGGGAGAAGCUGUGUCUUCAACAUGUGUUUUCUGGUUGGGACACCGCAAAAACACAAAAUCUUACCAAGUAAUUUUGGUCCAGUUUCUAGUGUAAAUAUCUUAGUCCACUUGAAAUAAGACAAAACUAACUUACAAGUAACUUUUCAUCAAGAUAUAGGACCUUGUUUUGAGUCAGUAAUUCCUUAAUUUUGAUGAAUAAGUACAUUGGACAUUGGACAAGUAAAAUGAUCUGCCAAUCAUUGGCAGAUCAUUUUACUUGUCCAAUGUCCAAGCAUCAACCAGUUUAAAAAUAAAUACAAAGCUAUGGCUGCGUUCACACUGCAGGCUGAAGUGACCCAAUUCCGAUUUUUUAUUUUAUUUUAUUUUUUUACGUAAUGUGAGCUGUAUCUGAUCUUUUCAUGACAGUCUGAACAACACAGGUCGGAUUCUUUUCGACCCAGGCUGCUUACCGGAUACGUAUCCGAGUCAAAUGUGACCUAACAUCCAAGUCACGUUAAUCCUGCCUGAACAUCACUGAUACUCGACAAACGUCACUGUUCUGUGUCCUGAUAUGCGCAAGCGGGAAGAAAAACAACAACCAUGACGGACUAUAAUGAGGAUUAAGUUGUUAACAACUUCAACUGUGUAAACUAUGGUCCACCGUUAGCAUCCAUGUUUACUUCCGCAAACACUGAGCACUUCUUCUUUAUAUGGCGGUUGGCAAAACACUGACGUUAGUGCGCCCUCUACUGCGCAUGCGGGAUACUUUCAGGUUGUUUGCCCGUUCACACUGGGAAAAAAUCCGAUUUGACGAAAAAUCAGAAUUGGGUCACUUCAGGCUGCAGUGUGAACGUAGCCUAUGUUACUCACGUUAUACAGAGAACAUUAGCUGUAUGUCAGGUUGUUAUUUAUAAUUGUCAUUGCUACUAUUAGUAUUAUCCGUACAUUUUCUUGUCUCUAGAGAGAUAGUUUGUAACCACUUUGUCUGUUGAGUCAGUAGGUAAAAUAUUUCAUUAAAUUGAGAUAAGGGGAUUAAAUAAGUGUUGCUACUCCUUUUCAAACAGAAAAGUCGUGGUAAACAAAUUUAUUUGUUCUUGUUUAUGCAUGCACUUGUUCUCUUGGGUUUUUUUUAUUUUAAAAUAAAUACAUAAUACUUAUGACAUGGGAAAAAUGUCUUGUUAUAAGUUAAAUGAUCUGCCAAUAGAACUGGAACUUUUUCAUCAAUAUUAAGAAAUUUUUGACGUAAAACAAGCUCUUAUAUCUUGCUGAAAAGUUACGUAUGAGUUUUGUUUUAUUUCAAGUGUACUAAGAUAUUUGCAAUAGAAAUUAGUCCAGAAAUACUUGGCAAAGGGUUGUGUUUUUGGCGUGAAAGGCCUCCCUUACUAGUAGCAGUCAUCUGCUUUAGACUGGAAGGAACACAAAGUUUUAAAUGUGAAUCUUCAAGCUGUGCUGCGGUGCUUAUUUAACCACUGACUUGGUAUGUAUCCCAUACAUCCCAAACUAGUUAAUUAUAAUUACACUGUUUCACGGCUUCUCUUGCUCUUUUUUUCCAGAUUUGUUUUGUACAUAAUCUUCUUCAUAGAGCUGUUUACUCCCACAGAGGAAUGUUAUUGAAGCAAAACAACAUGCUUGUAUGAAGUCGCCUCUCGUGGCUUAAAUUAUUGCCAAGAUCCUGUAUUUGUUAUUGUUAUACCGUCUUUAAAAGUUUCAUUUAAGUAAAUAUGCCUGAAUUUUGUUUACAAGUGUUACUUCUGUGAUAAAUCAAUAAAAGAUAAACAUUUGAUGGACAUAUUAUGAAAUCAAGUCAAUUUUUAUGUUAGAAUGUUUAUGUUCUGAGUUAAAAACACCAAUUUCAAUUAAAAAUAUAUAUAAAAAAGACAAAAAUAGGAAGUGUAGAAAUCCUACAUAUAUGCAACACUUCGCAUGUAUGAUGAGUUGAGACAUUAACUCUUCUGUAAGUUCAAAGUUCAAACUUAUCAGAAACUAUCAAAGUAGAAUAAAAAGCUAUUUUGGGGAUUUAUUUGAACUCAAGGCUUUUAUGGAGUGAGCAGCUGAUAGCUUGGUGGCACAUUGUCUGUGUUGACUUCAAGAUGACUGAUAAUAUAUCUUCAUUUUUUAACCAAGGGCAAAGGAAGAUGGACAGAGUAAAAUGCAAAGCAUUCCUGAAAGAAAACUUGCUAAAGUCUUUCAAAAAAAAAUUCAGACUGCGGUAGAAGUUUCCUUUUAGGAGGACAAUUAACCAAACCAUACAGCCUGAGCUACAACAACAUGACUUAGAUUAAAAUUGGCAUUAGUGGACUGAACUUGAGCUAUUUUAAAAUAAUAAUAAUGGGUUCAAAUUUCAAUGUGAAAAGCUGCUCGUUACAAGAUGACAUGGGCUUAUAAAACAUGUUUACCACAUUAUUUUGCAAUCAAAGCAUCCAUUUCCUCUCUGCUUUACAAAAUAUGGAUUACUUUGCAUUUGGUUAUUACACAAACUCUAAUAAAAAUCCUUUCAAGUUUGUGGUUUUAACAUGAUCUUUUGUGACAACAUUUGAGGGAUGUGAAUAUUUUUGCACGACAUUUUACAUAAUGUUUAUACAAAAAAAUGAAAGAUAAACAGCUACCUGAAUCCAAAUUGUUUUGUUUAUGCGCAAAUCCUGUUGUAUGACUUUAAUGCUGUGUAAUGCAUGUUUGUUUUCAGAAUAAACCUUAAAUAAUUAA